AUGGAGAACAGCACGUCGUCCGUCCUCUCCAACCACAGCUCCUCUCCUCUGGACGGGCUGAGAGACAUGCCGCUGAAGCCCGUGGAGGAGCAGGUCAUCACCGUCCUCCUCACCGCGGUCAUCUGCUGCACGGGCAUCACCGGCAACAUCAUGGUGGUCCUGGUGGUCCUGGGCACCAAGCACAUGGUCACCCCCACCAACUGCUACCUGGUCAGCCUGGCCGUGGCCGACCUCAUCGUGCUGCUGGCCGCCGGCCUGCCCAACAUCUCCGACGCGGCGGCGGCGUCCUGGGUCUACGGCCACCGCGGCUGCCUGUGCAUCACCUACCUGCAGUACCUGGGCAUCAACGUGUCCUCCUGCUCCAUCACCGCCUUCACCGUGGAGCGCUACAUCGCCAUCUGCCACUCCAUCAGGGCCCAGUCCAUCUGCACCGUGUCGCGCGCCAAGAGGAUCAUCGCCGCCGUCUGGCUCUCCACCGCGCUGUACUGCGUCAUGUGGCUCUUCCUGGUGGACACGGACGAGGCGGUGUACGCCAACGGCGUGGUGGUGACCUGCGGCUACCGCGUGUCCCGGAGGCUCUACAUGCCCGUCUACUUCCUGGACUUCGCGCUGUUCUACGUGCUGCCGCUGGCCGUGGCCACCGUGCUGUACGGCCUCAUCGCCAGGAUCCUGUUCGUGAGCCCGCUGCCCUCCGACCUGCGAGACCGCGGCGGCGGCGGCGGCUCGGUGCACCAGGGCCAGGCCCGCAGCACCGCGCUCAAGCCCAGGAGGAGCACGGCAUCCGGGAGGAAGCAGGUGACCAAGAUGCUGGCGGUGGUGGUGGCGUUGUUCGCCCUGCUCUGGAUGCCCUACCGCACCCUGGUGGUGGUCAACUCGGUGACCGACCGCCCCUGCAGCGACGCCUGGGUGCUGCUCUUCUGCCGCGUGUGCGUCUACUGCAACAGCGCCAUCAACCCCGUCAUCUACAACCUCAUGUCCCAGAAGUUCCGCCUGGCCUUCCGGAGGCUCUGCGGCUGCGAGGCCGGAGGCGGCGAGGGCAAGGCGGCCAGCCAGGUGCCCGUGUACUACAGCGCCAUCAAGGACUCGCUACCCGAUAGCGGCGAGCCGAUCACGAUGCAGGAGGAUGUGCGGGGAGGGGCAGGGCCGGGAGGCGCGGCUGCCCGUGGGAGCCAACGAAUACGGCAUUAG